UAAUUUACUUUUCUGCACGUUUCAUCCGUACUAUUGAAAAAAAACGAAGCGAGUUAACUUAUUUAUCCCACCCGGAUCAUCACCGAGGACAAUAUUGCAUCCACGGGGAUUGUGCACAUCCCGCCCACUAUGUCCUCGAACGUAUCUUGAUUGGUUAAGCUCCCGGUCAGUCAAAAAAGGUGCCGCCCCAUUUAAGGUCUGUUCAUUUCCACUCCUCCCUUCGGCAGCAGGUUGGGUUGAGCGGUCCACAAGGGGACCGUGGACAGCUCCCGUCUGAGGAGCAGAGCACCACAGGAGGAGGAGAGGGCUGGACAUGGGGGAGCCACCGCACAGGCCCGUAUGAUCGAAAUCAACACGAUUUGGAUGUGCAGCCACCGGGGGAGAGACACACAAAGAGAGCGGAGCGGAGAGGCCAUCGGAGGACGGGGAAGAGAAGCGAGGAAGUGAAGGGAAGAGCGGGAUACGGCUCCUGACCCAUCCCGGCGCGAUCAGGGCGGAGAGAAGGGGAGCGAAGAAGGAGAAAUAUUUCCGCUCGACCUGAUGGACUGACGACAGAUGAAUGAAGACUGCCUACACUAACGCCUAUCGAUGCCUGGCCAAGGACCUGGACGCGUACGCCAUGAAUCCGGACAUGACAAUGGACGGCAUCGGCAGCCUGCACGGCGGGGUGGCGGUGAGCUCCGUGGCCCCUGACGUGGAGCUGAUGAGCGGCCACAGCCCUCACCACGGCCGCGGGAGCUCCUCGGGGGCGGUGGGGGGCCACGGGGCGGCGGCGGCGGCGGCCCUGCGGAUACACCAGGACCUGGCCGCCGCCGCCGCGUCAUCCCGCUCGGCCAUGGUGUCCGGCAUGGCCAGCAUACUGGACGGCAGCGGGGAGUACCGUCCGGAUCUGUCCCUGCCGCUGCACCACGCCAUGAGCGUGCCCUGCGACACGUCCUCUCCCGGGAUGGGGAUGAGCGGUACUUACACCACCUUAACCCCGCUGCAGCCGCUCCCCCCCAUCUCCACCGUGUCCGACAAGUUCCAUCACCACCACCACCACCACCAUCACCAGCGGCUUUCCGGCAACGUCAGCGGCAGCUUCACGCUGAUGCGCGACGAGCGCGGGCUGCCGGGCAUGAACAACCUGUACAACCCCUACCACAAGGAUCCCAUGUCCGGGAUGGGUCAGAGUCUCUCCCCGGUGCUCGGCAACGGCCUGGGCUCUCUCCACAACACCCAGCAGGGGCUCCACAACUACGGCGCCACGACGCACGGAGGUCACGACAAGAUGCUCAACUUCGACCCCACCGCCUCUAUGCUCGCCAGAGGGGAGCACCACCAGCACCGAGGCCUCGGCGGCCCGGCGGGCGGCAUCGUGCCGCACCUGAACGGGAUGCACCACCCGGGACAUGCGGUGUCGUCGGCGGGACAGCACCCCCACCCUCACCCUCACCUCCACUCUCCGUCCCAUGGGCCCGUGUUGGCUUCCACCAGGGAAAGACCGCCCUCCUCCUCCGGGACGCAGGGGGGCAACAGUUCGGGGCAGCUGGAGGAGAUCAACACCAAGGAGGUGGCGCAGAGGAUCACGGCCGAGCUGAAAAGGUACAGCAUUCCCCAGGCCAUCUUCGCCCAGAGGGUCCUGUGUCGCUCCCAGGGGACCCUGUCGGACCUGCUGCGGAACCCCAAACCCUGGAGUAAACUAAAGUCGGGCAGGGAGACCUUCAGGCGGAUGUGGAAGUGGCUGCAGGAGCCCGAGUUCCAGAGGAUGUCGGCUCUCAGAUUGGCAGGUACCUCGUUUUCUGAAUGUGCUCUGCUAUGUGCGAGAAUUGAGCAAAACAUAAAUCCACGACUUAUUUUUUUUUUCGAAUACCGUCAAAAUACGGUCGAUGCGUUUGGCUGGGUUUUGUGUACACGCGUGGCCAAUGAGGGAAAGAAAAAGAAACGAACGUCCUCGUGAACGCGUUCAAUGUAGUUUGAAUCACACGCCAUUAUGUUUACCAUUAUUGAUCAACAAAAAAAGGCGAUCGAUGGGGAAUGACCAGGUCUGAGGAUUUCCCUCCAAACACGCCGUUCAAGUCACAAAAAUGUCCCCCACCGAAGACAAGCUUGCACUAAAUGACAGUGAAA